UCCCUGUUUUCGGUCCCGGGGAAGAUCGAGGAGAUGAAACGGACACUGGCGUACAGGCGGAGCUGCAGGCACAUGCCUGGUUAAUGUCGGAGGUCUUCUGUCGUGUCACUGGCUUCCCGUGGGUCACGAUGCCCUAAGGCCGUGUUGCAUGGCUGCUUGUGUGUGGCUCCUCUUCAUGGAUCCUGGGCACGAGCUGCUCCCGUUUGCUCCCUGACCCAAGUAUUCUGCACUGCUGGGUUUAUUCAGCUGCCUAAGCCAACAUGCUGCACGUUCAUGCACCAUGCAUAUUGUUAAAACCAGGAUUCCAGGAAAUCUAGCUAAGUACUAAAUUAUUUUCCUCCUGAACUGCAUAAAGAAAUCAGUGCUUUAGGAAAUCCUUACUUUAAAUUACUGGUUUGGGACCCUGACAGUAUAUUUAGGUAUUUGUGCUGUCAGUCGUCAUUGGAACUAGCUAGCAGGACUUAGCCUCCAGGCCCCAACUACUACCUGGGGUGAUGUAAUUACAGGCCGCCCUGGCAGGGUCAGAUGCAGGACUAACCACUGUGCUUGUCACUCUGCUCGAUUUCCUCCUUCGCUACUGGAUCGGAGUUAUGUUCUCCCCGCUUGAAAUGUUUUGAUGUAAUUCUCAAGCUGUAGCUCCCGUUGCAUUGUUGCAAGUUGUGUUUUAAACUGAAUGGUGAAAUAUAUCUCACAACUCAAAAGCAAAGAAGUCUCUCUGCAUAAUAUGCUGCAUUUUUUUUCAUGAUGCAGUUUUCGGUCCAAUCGGUACCUUUUUUCUUUAAUCAAGUCAUCCAUCCAUGUGUGACUGUAUCCGGUAUAAGGUUGCAGCCCAUCCAGCUAAUGUUUUUCUGAGUGAAAUUUAAAAUUUAAAUAUUCUUUUAACAGUCCGCAUUAGUUGGCCGCAUUAGUUUUGGAUUUAUGGAUUAAAGGAUUUCCUGAUUUAUUUAUUUAUUUAUUUUUUAAGAUGACAUUUCAGGGAAAGUGCCUUGCGUGUCGGAUAGGUCGCUCCUCUGCGUCUGUCUGUCUGUUUCAUUCCAAAAUGGAUCAGUGUUUGCUGCCUUGCUGUGGGUUUGUGUCCCUGUCAGUGGGGUGCUGUUCCCCUGGCUCCCUCCAGGGGCACUGGUCACGUGCUUGUAGUUGUUGACAGUGUUGACUCUUAGGCUUCAAAGGGAGGAUUAGUGGUGAGGUGAUCCUGUGGGGCCAUCUUUGAAACUGUGAACUUGGGUGAAUCUGAGACCUGGCAUUGAGGCUUGAGGAAUGGCUUGGGGGGGGGGGUGGUGGAGGGGCUUCUGCUGAGAAGGGGAUGCAACCAGAGCUGCCACCUCCUCCUGUGGUACAUAAGUCUCCCUCCACGGCUGGGAUGCCCCUGAAUGUGCCCCUCGGCUGGAGGCCCGAGCCCACCCCUCUUCCCUGAAGGAUACUCAGCAUCUGGUCCACACCUGGCCGGUCCCAUCUCAGUUUUUAUGCUACAAAAACACCUCAGGACAUUUUGUUGCUCUGACUGAUCAUCCACAGUCUGUGCACACAGACUUGGCACAAUAUCGUGAUGCUUAAGGCUUGCUUAUAAUAGUAGAUUUUCAAUUAAGCUUAUCAAACAUUCUACUUUGAGAUUCGAUGAGAACAUUGCCCUCCAACUGGCCAUUUACAUAAGAGUUUGCCUCCUGAGCCUAUAACCCCAGCCGUCACAGUUAGGGCCCUACAUGUGAGGUUCGGAAUCAACCGGAAGCCUCUUCCCUUGUGGCAGUUUGCGUCAUGCUGUUCCUUGAGCCCUGAUAAGGACUCGGGGUGAUGGGAGAGAGUGGAUUGAAAGAUGUGAUGGUGCAGUUCUAUUUCUGGCGGGAGGCUGUGCUCUGGCCUGGGACGUCCUGUCAGGAGGAGCCCCCGCUCCGUGGAAGGGGGAGCCGAUUCGGUCGUCGCUGAUAGCGUCACACCUUCAGGGUGGGUUGGAGGACAAGAAUUUGCUUAGAUCGAAAAUAGCUUACAGAAAAGAGUGAAAUAAUUUUUGUGAGGAUGUCAGCAGCGCGGAUGCAGCCAGAUGCGGAAAGGCUGGGGGUGGGGGGGGAGUGGGCUGUACGCUCCAGAGAGAUGACCGAUGCUAACUUAGCUUAGCGCUGCUUCGGUGCACCGUUGUCCCCAGUCGCAUUAUCGCAGGCGAGUGUGACCAGUCAUUUUUACUGAAAACCCGAAUGCAUUUUAUUUAUAUUCCUUAAGUUUUUAUAUGAUGGGAAUAUUAUACUGCUACUUUUCUAGUUUUAUAAGUGGUCUUAAUUUUUUAAAUGGUAUUAAUAUGAUUGCAAUGUAGUUUAAAUAGGUUUUAAGGUACUUUGAAGAAUCCCUGUUACGCUAAUUAUCUUUGAAGCAUAAAAUACUACUUAGUGACGGCUAAUACUGUUUUAUGACCGUAAAGUCCAUCCCCAGUAAUGAGGACCCUUGUUAGAAUGGCCUCUUCAGAGUUAAUAGUCUUUGAGAAGACCCAUGGUUCCCAAAGUCGGUCCUUUUUGCUGCGCUUCGGUUCCAGCAGGGCAAACGCCACAUAGGGAGCAUAAAUGUGUGGAGACUCCAGCUAUCUGGACUGGGCUUUAAGGGGGCCGCGUAGCAUAUGUGGUCCUGCCCUCCUCUGGCUCCGCCCACAUCUCUCCUUACAGGCCUCUUGUGUCUGAAGCCACUCUGACAGCCUUUGAAUCGAGGGUACGGAGCUGCGGAGAUCUUCCACUCAGGAGAAGAGCAUAAAAGCAAUGGAGGGGGACGGAAAAGCAGGGUCGAUUUUUCUGCCGCCAUCGCGAUCCGGUGACUACAUCCUCGAUGCCAAGCCGAAGGAGAUCUCCGAGGUCCAGCGGCUCAACUAUGAGCAGAACAUGAGCGACGCCAUGGCCGUCCUGCACAAGCUUCAGACGGGCCUGGACGUCAACGUGAAGUUCACGGGGGUGCGGGUCUUUGAGUACACGCCCGAGUGCAUCGUCUUUGACCUGCUGGACAUCCCACUCUAUCACGGCUGGCUGGUGGACCCCCAGAUGGAUGACAUUGUGAAAGCGGUGGCCAACUGCAGCUAUAAUCAGCUGGUGGAGAAGAUUAUCUCUUGUAAACAGUCAGAAAACAGCGAGCUUGCUGGAGAAGGCUUUGUGGCGGAGCAGUUCUUGAACAACACAGCCACGCAGCUGACAUACCACGGCCUGUGCGAGCUGACGUCCAGCGUCCAGGAGGGCGAGCUCUGCGUCUUCUUCAGGAACAACCAUUUUAGUACCAUGACCAAGUUUAAGGGUCAGCUUUACCUGCUGGUGACUGAUCAGGGCUUCCUGACCGAGGAGAAGGUGGUCUGGGAGAGCCUGCACAACGUGGAUGGAGAUGGCAACUUCUGUGACUCGGAAUUCCGCCUGCGGCCACCGUCGGACCCGAACACGGUGUACCACGGUCAGCAGGACCAGAUCGACCAGGACUAUCUGAUGGCCCUGUCACUGCAGCAGGAGCAGCAGAGCCAGGAUCUGACCUGGGAGCAGAUCCCAGAGGGCAUCAGCGACCUGGAACUGGCUAAGAAGCUGCAGGAGGAGGAAGAUCGCCGCGCCUCCCAGUUCUACCAGGAGCAGGAGCAGGCGGCGCAAGCACAGGCACAACGGUUGGCAGCAGGUGGCGAGCCUGGCUCCGUGGCAGCCGCAGGGACGGGGGAAGCGACAGGGGGCUCAACCGCCGGCGCAGCCCCCAGCCCCGGGAAACAGCCCAGCACUGGGGAGCGCAAACACAAGAAGGAAGCCAAGGAUAAGGACAAGUGUGUCCUGCUGUAAUGAGGAGUGGGGCUGGAGGGAGGUCAACAGAAGGGGGCGCUCUAUGUCCAGCUGACAUAUAAUGCACAGCCCCCUUACGGAGGAGAUGGCAGAGUAAGAAGGAUCAGUGAACUCCAGAGGAGGAGGGAGUUUAAGUUCACAUGCCACCUGUGCCUGAUAUCCUUGUACCCAUUUUGUUGUUUUUUAUAUCGGUAUGGAAAGCUGAGGGGUCGGCACUAUAACUUAAUAGUAUGAAUAUGAAGAGUUGGCCAAGGCUGUAAGCCACAUGCUGCACUACAUCAGGAAGAGGGGCAGAGAAUUAAACUGGAUCUCUGCGCAGUCGGUGCUCUAUGGGGAAGUAACACAUGCUCAUCUUUUAUUUCAAGCAGUUUGUAAGCUGUUUUUAUGUGACAUGGGUUUAGAAGUAUGUAGGAGCGCCUACAGCAUUUGAUUUUGUUGACUUGUUGCUUUUUAAAUAUAGCUUUUUAAUUUCCGCGCAAACAUGUUUGGCCCUGGCGGCUCGCGGGGCCGGGAUGCCGGCCGGCUCUGCGGGUGGGAGGAGCCAGAAGCACCUUGCAUCACGCCAAACGGCUGCUGGUCACAGAACGGCGUCUCGUCGAGUCUCAGUGGGGCACAUAAUCCUAUCUUGUUCACCGCUUAAAGGUUGUCUGCAUAUGUUUACAAGUUUCUCUGCAUCGUGGCGGGUUCAGUCAAUGUGGCCGACAGGGACAUUGAACGUCAGUCCCCCGUCCUGAAGCUGCCAACGGGAGGGGCCCUUGGCGGGGCCCUUGGCGGGGCCCUUGGCGGGGCCCUUGGUGGUGCCUGGAUGUCCGCUGGUGGCAGUAGCUUCACUGGCAUCCAGAUGGGCAUUGAUACCUUCCCUGGAUGAUCUCUGCUCUGUCAUCUCUCAAGAUCCAGGUUUCGCCUUACUCCAGAACAUGCACGCAAACUGUAGGAGAAUCUGUAUCUAGUUAGCGUGUGCGUGUAUCUACUGUACAUACAUGUAUGUGUGUGGUUUCAAGUGAAUGCCAGUGUUUAUAUGAGGGAACCUUCACUACAGCAAUGUUACAUUUCAGAUUAAUUUCUGCUUUACCCAGGUGUGUGACUUAGAGGGGAGGGCAGGGGGGCCGUAGUAGCUGAAAUGAUUUUAUUGAUGUUGCAGUGUCAGUCCAGCACAGAUAAACAGGACUGCGGGAAGUGGUGUGUGUUGUGGAAGUUCAGGCCCAAGCAAUCUCCCGGAAGGCGAGCCGGGCCACAUAGAAGGACGUUUGUCUGCAAGGCUGAAGUUCCAUCUGUAGUAAACAGGCAGCUGUUCCCAUGGGCCUGUCGAUUUGCAUUCCCCUUUAAGAAGGGAGCCCAGGGGAAGCCACAGCAGUUGGUGCACCUGACGUGGCACUAGUGCCCACUGAUACUCAUCUACUGCAGGGCCCCAAUCUGGUAUCCACGUUACGUUUAACUCGCAGCUGGAGAUUCUGACAGUUCAGCUUCAGCUCUCCCUGCAUCUCACUUUUUAAACAUGUGCAUAUACACACUUUAUAAGAGUAUAUAUAAUAUGUAUGUAUAUAUAAUGGUUGGUACUGCCAAUUUCUGAGCAACUAAUUCUUUGUCUUUCUAUACAUUCCAGCUGAAUGCCUUCACUGAAAUAGCGAUGUAGUGUUUCUUGGGUUUAGAACUAAAUAGCUCCACUAUUAUAUGCGAAAGUUUUAGUAUUUCUGUUAUCGGUCUGUUAUGUGGUCAGUCCCCAGGGGCCUAAUGUUCUCUGUAUAUAAAAAGCCUUAUACAACAUUAAUGGAUUUUUUUUUUUUUUUUUUUGUAAUUAUUAUUAUUUUAAUGGACAAUGAUGCAUUAUCAGAAAGAGACAAUCUGUAGUUGUUGACAGACACCAGAAAUACUCUCAGGCCCAGUGAGAAUUGGACAAAUCCUCGAGUGUCUUUUGGAGAUGUUCAACUUAGCUGCUUUUUACGACUGCCCCAUUUAGUGUACAUCGGUGAGAUGUGUUCCUGUUAGCCCCCCCCCCCCCCAGAGAAGGUGUAAUGAUAGUAUAUGUGUUCGGGGAUGAAAAUGAGGACACAGGCAUACAAGGGUUUGCGCAGAUUAUCACACUGGUUCGCUUUGACAUGUAACUGUCAUGGUAUGACAACUCACCAAGGCUGUCAUAUUUAUAUGCGUAUAAACUUUCUCGACAAUGUGCUGGACGGCCUCUAUGAAGUAAAAGCCUUUUAUUGUAGACCUCAUAGAGGAUCCUUCGGCAGAGGGGAAUCGAAUUCCUCAGUCUCCUUAAUCUAAGCAAGUAUAUAUACUGUGCUUUACCAUAUUAAUGACUGCAGUAGACGUUAGUGUUCUGUAAGACGUCAUCUUCAAAGGGCUAGAUAAGCCUUUGGAGAGGAGUGGCGAUGGUGUGCCAUGCUAUUUAUUUUUUAAUCCCAAUUCAUCAAGGAAGAACAUAGCUGACCCAGAAGGGAAGGUGCAAUUGUACUUAAUGCCAGGUCAAAACCACAGUGAUUCCGUUUCCAACGGGUGAUGGAAGUGACCGAUGAGAUCUCAUGCUUUCUGUCAGAAUGGUCCUGCCCGGGACAUUGGCGGAGGUCCGCGUGCUUUGGGCCACCUCAGAGGCGCACGGAGGCAGCAAUUGCUGCAACCAUGGCUGCUUCUGCAGAUGUUUGACUUCCUGUCAGUCACCUGUUUGCUGAUGUUCACUAAAUACUCGACAUUUUCACUUGCUUAAUUGCCUCUUUUUCUGAAUGGAUUGAAGUGAAAUAGUAGGGAUUGAGGCGCAUGUUCUGCAGUUUGUCUGUUGUGUCAUUUGAUGUCACUAAGGUGACCCUUGAACCUCGAAGUUGGUCUUGCACUGGUACACAGAGGCACCACUACAGAACUAAAAUUAAAUACCUCAUUUUAUACUUCAUGCAAUGCACACAAGUGGUUAGCAGAGGUCGACACGCGGAUGGUAUGAGGUACCAGUCAGCAGGAAAUCAGAGGGAUGCAAUUUUCAGACUGAGGGGGAUGGAUUUUGGUCGAGGGGAAGAAGCAAAUCGAAACUGCAAAUAGAGCAGAGUAAAGUGAAAAUGUGUGCAAUUCAGCUGAGGUUCUCCAGAUGUUGCAGCAGAGUUGGAACCCAACGCAGGCCUGACUGCAGAGAAUCAUUUGAAGGAUUGGCAGAAUGUAAACAUGGGUAAAAUGCCACUGUUACAAGCCAACACAUCCAGCCUUUUUAUACUCGCUUGAAUGCAUUUUCAGUGAACCUGCCCCAAGUACAAUUGAUGUUGCCAUUUUAUUUGUGAUGCAUGAAAUCAUAGUGCUGAAUACAACACUAGGGAUUAAAUAUUCUACAAAAUGUUCAACUUGACAGGAGAUGGAAACCUGGAAAGCUUCCGUUACAAAAGGGUCAAACACUAUUGUAAGGUUCCGUUCAUACACAAGUGACCAAAUGUAGCCUCUAUUAUAGUGUCACGAAAUGUAGAUGCAGGUAAUUCUUGGAGUGUGUUUCCUAUCACUUGCAUUUUCAGUUUGUUAUAAAAAUGCCUUUGACAAGGGUGACGUAGCCUGAUAUUAAAACAUAUAGACAGUAA